CCUUGCUUUUCUUUCCCUUUUCGAACAAAAAGUAAAAUGGCCAGAACCAAGCAAACCGCUCGCAAGUCUACCGGAGGUAAAGCUCCCCGAAAGCAACUCGCUACCAAGGCUGCUCGCAAGUCUGCACCUACUACUGGUGGUGUGAAGAAGCCCCAUCGUUAUAAGCCCGGUACCGUCGCUCUUCGUGAGAUUCGUCGCUACCAGAAAUCCACUGAGCUUUUGAUUCGCAAGCUUCCCUUCCAGCGUCUCGUCCGUGAAAUUGCUCAAGAUUUCAAGACUGAUCUGCGAUUCCAGUCGUCUGCCAUUGGUGCUCUUCAGGAAGCUGCUGAAGCCUACCUUGUUUCCUUGUUUGAGGAUACUAACUUGGCUGCUAUCCAUGCCAAGCGUGUCACCAUCCAGCCAAAGGAUAUCCAAUUGGCUCGUCGUCUCCGUGGCGAACGCUCGUAAGAACGGCAUGCCAUACCAAACACAAGCACUCUUAAACGAGACACACACCAUUUUAGCGAUAUAUAGCAAUAGCGAUAUUUAGUUCAAUGAUUGUAUUGUGUUUCUCUCUCCCUCUCCUCCUUCACAUCAUCUUGAACUAAAAUGAAAGAUAAUCUCAAAGUAAAAGCACUGUCCGAGUGCUGUGCCUG